CCUUUUAAACAGCGCGCGUCCCAAAGUUAAUUCAACUAGUAGAUCGUCGCGAAAGCAUAAUAUCGGUGAAGAUUUGUCCGAUAUCAUGCGUCAUUAUGACGAGAUCACCUUCGUUGCUUGAGGGAUAGAAGCUGAACUCAAAUCAAAUUUCAGCGCUUCUGGAAAAAAAUUUACAAAUUGUCGAGGUGGCGCACCCACCGUUUUACGACAGCUUGACCUUCAGGCGCACAACCUCCGUCAAGAAACGAUGCCGCUGGAUCGUCGCCCGACGAGGUUGCGGGUUAAAAAACAUAGUAAGAAGCAGAAAAGUGAUGAAGAAAUAGAAUCUGAUAGUGAAGCGAGUUCCGUUGGAUCUGAAACAGAAUCUGAUAUCUCAGUACAUGAAAGUGCUCAUGAGAAAAAAGUACGACUCACAAAGAAGGCUAUUCAGAAAGCACUUGAAACAGUUGGUUCGGAUGACGAAAAGUACGAAGCUCUUUCUUUACGUCUCAAAGAGGAGGCACUGCAGGCUAAAGGAAAGUUUUUAGCAAAGUUCGCACAUCAGAUCAAAUUCUUGAAUAAGGAGGAAAUUAUGGUUCUUAGAGGUCAUAGAAAGUCCGUCUCUUGUGUAUGUAUUUCUGAAGACGGUAAAUUUGCCUACACUGGAGGGAAGGAUUCCUCAGUAAUUAAAUGGGAUCUAAGCACUAUGGUAAAACUGUGUUCUAUACCUGGAGGGAAACGUGAAACAAAAUAUCCCUAUCAUACUGGCCCGAUUCUGUCUAUUUCCAUAUCCAGUGACAGUAAAUAUUUAUAAUAUAGAAAUCGUCUUAGUCUGUUAAUUUUCGUCCAAAUAGCGCUCGUUAGCGAGAGAACGUGCAUCCAUGGUCACUUUUAUUUCAAAUAAUGUAUUUGUUCUUCAGGAUUAAAUUGCACUUCCUAUGGAUACUGUAUGCUCAUAUAGCCAGUUAGCUUGUCGUUCGAGAUGAUAGUAACCCAGUCACAUGGCUUCACUCUCUAAAAACAUGCUAUGAACCGCGUACAACUUGAUAAACUAUUUUUUACAUUAUAACGGUGAUUAACAAUAGAUGUGUAGUUUUAAACAAUCCGUCUGCAGGUCUGCCAUGUUUUCUGUUUUAAUAUUCCCAAAAAUGCUUGACGUACAACCAGGAAUUUCCAGUCUGUUUUUAAGUAAUCUUGACUGUCAAUAUCUAGUGAGGUAUGGUGUAUGGAGACAAUUCAAACUAUCAGAAAAGAUUUAAAAGAUCCAGUGAAACUGAGCCACUCAUCCUUUUAUUCAGUGGAUGAUAAUUAAGGGCAAACGAGAAUGUAGCGUACUAUGUUUCGCAGGUGUUUAUCACCUUACAUCUUUUCAUCUAAGCCCACAAAAAUAAGUGGGAUAAAAAUAGUUGCAACAAAAAAGUCAGAAAAUAACGGGAAAAACCAUGAAUCCUAACCAUAAAACUUUAAAUACGAAACAAUCCACCGUAUCCUAGUUUGAUGUUUGGUUUGAUUUAAUUGCACUUCGCUAUUUCUUUUGUGCAAAUCUGCCUGGGGCCCCCUUGGGGCUGCUGCCGCUCCUAAGUCCGGGUAAAGAAGGAGGGUUGGGCAUAGGAUUAACGACCCUAUCCUGUAAAAGACUAACUUGCUAAAAAACGCUAACCAGAAAAAGUUAUUAAUUUCUUUUGUACGGAAGGCACGGAUAGAUAGUGACGACUGCAGAUUUAUGACAUACUCAAACCAUCAAAUUUAUGAUGAAGCUCAACAGUUGGCUUAUCUCUACUUAACUACUCUAAUAUUCAACGUUGUUAGAUGGCUUCGAUAGUGUUGAAGCGCACAACUUGUUUGAUCUGUAGCAGUAUAAACAGUAUCCUAACCAUACCAAUAGUUAAUUUUCCACCUACAUUCGUGGUUACAGUUAGGUCUAUAUUAUAUCUUGUGUACGCUAGAAUGCUCAAUCAUGUUACCUAUCGGGAGAAUUCAGUUUAAGGACCAUGAAGACUUGGUUAAGCAGCGAGCACUUAGAUAUAAUAUGGGUAAGUAUAAAACAUGUUACUGAUAGAUGGGGUUUGGAGCGAAACCGUAUCAAUUUUAAUCUAUUCUUUCGUAAAUCUGCAUUCAAGGUUACUCACAAAAUGAUUUCUUACUUGGAUGCGAUUCAUUUCUUGGUAUAUCUAUACAUCUAACAAAUCCACUGUCAUUUCACGUUAAUUGUUUUGGAAUAAAUUAUGAUAUUAUACAAUUUUAUGCAUCAAAUUAUGCCCAUCUACCAUAUCCUUUAGGCUUCCUCUAGUAUGGACCAUUCCGUUAUAAUAUGGAACCCAAAUGAAAUGAAAGUUUUCAUGAAACUACUGCACCAUAAGGUACCAGUCACAGCUGUUAGUUUUAGAUACCAUUCACACAUGUUGUUUACAGCAGAUUGUUCUGGUCGUGUUUGUGUUUGGAAUAUGCCUUUGAAAGAGGUAUUACAAGACCAAGGUCUGUUUCAUUUUACUUGUGCACCGUGUUGACGUGCAUCAGCUUGCACGAAACCUAUGUCCAGGGUUCUACGUCGAUCACAUCCAAACGUCUAACAGCCCCACAAUGUAUAUUAAUACUUAUUGAUCUGAAAGGUAGUGGUAUUAGGUAGCAGGUAACAUUUGUACAAGCUAUAUUUACGCUAGUAGAGCUCAGUACCCCUAGUGCUCUCGAAGGUGAGGAGAUCCCGCCUUCUCUCUCGAAAUGCUCUCAUGAUACACGUAUAUAUCCACUACCAGGGAAGUCCUACUCACUGCAUUAUCGUGGCGGGGAUCAAAGGAUGAGAAGCGAAUGUUCAGUGCUGUAACCUAGUUGGUGGAUAUGGAGGAUCAACCCAGGGGAAUUGAAGACCACUGAUUCCAAACUAAUGAUGCACAUGGGUCCCAGAAUCCUGAGAGAACAAAAGGCAUAUGAACCUAUUGCUGGUCAUCGGCCACCAUGGGACUGCAUCUUUCAAAGUUGCUCCACUGACUUGUGAAUUAGACCUUCAGGUUAAAAGCUAGGGGGUGUGGCCCCUUAAGAAGACGAAAACUAUCUGCUUCUGUUUGGGCACCCAGACAGUAUCACUGUCCUCACAUAAAUUAAUGAUAACUGCUACUGACCUCAUUGUUUUUGUGUGGCGCAUAUGUAUUUGGUGCCCCCUUUCACUAAUGUUUGUGUUCAAAUAAAUGGAUAAACAAACCAAUGACGCGCCUAAUGACCAGGGUCCUGAGGAAAUAAAUUGUGUUGGAAUCUAUUGUUGAUCACUCGCUACCAUGGGACCGCAUUUCAUAAUGCCGUUCCACUGUCUUAUGGAUUAGACCUCUGGGUUAAAGGUCAGAAAGUGUCUCCAUAUGGGAACCACCGCCUCGGUAUGGGCACUCAGAGGGUAUCCCAGUCCACAAACAAGUUCAGUGACAUAUUUCGAUGCCCCUUUGCGCCAAUGUUUAUGUUUUAAGAUAAAUAAAUAUUAGGACUACCGAGCUGGUUUUUAUGUCUUGACGUUUAACCCGGUUUAUUCUCAACAUGGGCUUCUAAUUUGUAGUUUCUCUUUAAAUUUUCCCGGUAAUAAUGGGUUUCUAGUCAAAACGUAUCUAUUACUGAUGUCAUCAUAUUUAUCUUAGUGUUUUUUGUCGCCAAAACCCGUGUCCAUUAAAUUUUUAUUAUAGCGUGAACAGAUCACUUACUUUUCAGUUUGUGUUAAUUAAUUUUUACUUCAAAUACAGGGCAAGAACAAAUAUCGAAGUGUUAGGAUUAUGUGGUCUGGUAUCUGAACGAUGUGUUUCAUGUUCCGGGUUUGGUGGUCCCGGCGUUUGUGUCUGGAAAGUUCCAGAAGAAAUAUGUGUUCAGUACAGUACAAAAAACACAUUAGAGAGUUCAGUAGAAUGCAUUUAUGCAGUCAAUGACGAAAUUUUCAUAGGGGGUUCUUCUACAAAGUAAGUUUUUUUCAAUUCUGUCGAGUAUUUCAUUACAGUUUAUUUAUUCAUAUACAAUUUACAAUUCACUCCUCUCUAUUCAUUUUAGUACCAUUUAUAUUUGGCAUUCAAGUAGAGGUAGCCCUGUAUUUACUGUUUCUCCUGCUCACCCUGUGGCAAAAUUAUGCCCACCGUCAAUGUCAGAGCCUUUUAUUCGACCAGUUGCGAAUUGGGUUUCUGCCAUUACUGGUCUAUACGGGACUGAUCUAAUUGCUUCAGGUUCCUCCACAGGGCACAUACAAUUUUGGCGACUUGUUCAGCCACAGUUGGAUCGUUCAAAUGAAGUUAAAGUACAACAACAAAAACGAACGCAGAUCAGUAUUGAACGCAUACCUGGUUUGGGUAUUUCAUUGGUAAGCUUUACAUCGUAUUCAAUAACUCUCUAGCACUUUUUUGUAGUUUUAAUUUUAAUUUAAUGAGGCUUACCUGAGAUUCUAAACUGUCAUUGAUUGGGGUGGUUGGAACACAAAUUACGUAUGCCUAACCACCGCGACUUCUGAUGCAGAAAUAGGAUAGAAACUAGGGACGGCUAAAACAAGGUGUGGUAUCAGUCCAUAAAGUCACUAACUUUUGAACUGAGCUGUGUGCAUAGAUCCCAUCUACCUGUUUAAAGUCCUCAUGACUAUCAUAACCGAUCGUUAGUAGUAACGUUGUGUGAGCUGGCUCAAAAUCACUUGCAUUGGCGCAGAUACGUCCAUUCUAUAUUUUCCCUUAUAUCUUGAGUUUGAAGAGUAUGCAAGACUUUUGUUCUUCAUAUUCAUUCUUUUCGAAUCAUAUUCUAUGUCUAAUGUUUUCGACUAAUACUGUAAUUACUUCUACUACUCUUAUAUUUAUCUCGAUAAUUUAAUCUCCCUCUUCUGAUCAUAUGUUGUGGGAAAUCGAGCUAACGCAACCAUAUUCCUGAUAACCGAUUGGGACUUAACUAUUGGUGGUAUUUUGCUGGUUUCGACAUUUAUAUUGUAUUCGGUUACUUUUUAAAUCCAGCUAUUAACAUUGCACAGUAUAAACAAAAAUGCCUCGACAGCCGUUUUGUUCUACUACACACAUGUAAAUCUAAGUGUUAUCCACUUCUUUACUGUGUAUUGGAUAUAUUUAGUUUCCAGAAUUGAUUUACUUUAUUCUUAGCUGUUUUUUUUCCUUUUAAUCACCAGGGUGGUUUUAUCAAUGGGCUGGCUUUCUCUUCUGAUCGUCGAUAUUUAGCUGUUUGUCUAGGUCAGGAACAUCGGUUCGGUCAUUGGGAGCCUAGACGUCAUGUCGCCAAUGGUUUAUUUCUAAUCCCACUGAAUGUAUCCUAGUAAGUUUAUAGUGAUAUUUUAAAGCUAAUAAUAAUGAAUGCUCAUUGUGUUGAACGUAAGAGUGUUGUCAAAGAUGUUCAUUAAUUUUAUAUCUCUUUUCUUUUCGUUUUAGGUUUAUGAUUACCUCAUAAUGAUUAACUUAACAAAAAUUGUAAAUCAGAAACUUUUUAAAAAUAAACUUGUUUUGAUACAUA